GGCAUGGCAGGCUUGUGGCGGUCAUAUCAGGCACUGAUGACUAAAUACCCAUGGACAGUUCAGAUAGUGACUGCAGGUUCUCUUGUUGGGGUGGGCGAUGUCAUUUCACAGCAGCUGAUUGAGCGAAGAGGCUUAGCCAACCACAGUGUGCGGCGCACCACUAAGAUGAUGAGCAUCGGUUUCUUCUUCGUCGGCCCAGUGGUAGGAGGCUGGUACAAGGUUCUGGAUAAGCUUGUUAUGGGUGGGACCAAGAGUGCAGCGCUGAAGAAGAUGCUGUUUGAUCAGGCUGGCUUCGCUCCAUGUUUCCUGGGUGCUUUCCUGUUGAUUUCUGGAACACUGAAUGGUUUGACUGUGGAUGAGAAUGUUGCCAAGCUCAAGAGGGAUUACACUGAUGCCCUGAUCUCAAAUUACUAUCUAUGGCCUCCUGUUCAGAUUGCCAACUUUUAUUUCAUACCUCUUCACCACAGACUCGCCGUGGUCCAGAUUGUGGCUGUUGUUUGGAAUUCCUACCUGUCGUGGAAAGCUAAUAAGAUGUAGCGGAUGCACCAUGUUCCUCCUCACCUCACACACACAGGAGCACACCUGGGGUGUGUUUGCCAGUGAAAACUUUAAUUAACUACACAGGAAGCCAUUACCCUGUAGCUAAGCAUAUUCUAGUUUACAUAUAUCAAAAUACUGCUGUGAGUAGUAGUCACUGAUUUACUAAUUUUAACAUGUAAUUCUCUCUCUUUUUUGACAUUCUCUGUACAAUGUGUAAUAAUGUCAUGUGUAAUAUGUAAAAUCAGCCUUUUAAGAAAGUAACUACGCUUUGUGUUCCCUUUGUAUUUCCUAGUGUUAUCUUUGCAUUCUGUACAAAAUCAUUCCACAAAAAAUGACUCAUCUCAUUCUUA